UCCCCGGGUGUUCCUCGCGGAAAAUCGGCCGGCCGCGCGGUCGAGGGUGCUCUCGCGAGCGAUCGCGGGGUGCGAGCGCGAGUGGAAGCCGUCGCGACGAACGCUAGAGCGAAAAUCAAAGUGCGAGGGUGAGACCAUCGAGAUAUAUCGCUCCGUCGCACGCGUGCGCGCCCGUGCCGACGAUAUCACACGGCGGUGUGCCGCCUGGAAAUUUUAUCAAUACCUCGGCGGCCAUCUAGUCUCGCUGGCAGUCGCUCGCGAAAAGUUACGCGUCGAACGCCACCGAACGAUCGACCGGGGGUGCCGUCGAGCGAGCCGAUCGACAAAUCGACGAGGAUUGCCGGAACAGAAGGAGCCCGAGGCGAUCGACUACCAGCAGCAUGGCUACGGAGGGCGGUUUAGCACCGGAUGCGGCUGCAGGUGCAGGCGCCGGCACCGACGGCAUCGUCGGCGGCCCCAGGACGCCCCAGCAAAUCGCCUCGCAAAAGCGGUUGCAGGCGACGCAAGCGCAAGUCGACGAGGUCGUCGACAUCAUGAAGACGAACGUCGAGAAGGUCCUCGAGCGCGAUCAGAAGCUCUCCGAGCUCGAUGAUCGAGCAGAUGCACUCCAGCAAGGAGCGUCACAGUUUGAACAGCAAGCGGGCAAAUUGAAGAGAAAGUUCUGGCUACAGAAUCUAAAGAUGAUGAUCAUCAUGGGUGUUAUCGCACUCAUCGUAUUGGCCAUCAUUGUCGCAAAAUUCAUGCCGGAAUCGGCGCCGGCCCAACAACAACAAUUCUAUCCAAACAUGAUGCAAGGUAAUGCGCCGAUACCCGGUAUGCCUUCGGGUGCCGCAGCGAGUGCAGCAGGAGCGACGAGUGGUGCAGGGGGUGAUGGUAGUGGACAGGCCGCCAGCAAGACGUUCGUCAGUAGCCUGGACACCGAUAUACGCAGCGUCAUAUAAACAACGUGGUGGCGACACUUAGAGACAAAAAGGGGAAGAAGGAAAUAAAGGAGAACAUCUUCAUCCGCGGAAAUAACUGGUCGACAUAAUCGCUUCGGCGAUCAAUUCGUUCGGAUCAUCGAAGGGCACGGUGGAAGAAUCCGGUAACUCCACAGUAUCCACUAAAACGAAUCUCAGAAAUUAGAGACUUACUUCGUCUUUACGUCGAAACCCUUCGACUACCGCGCGAUUAUUGAUUAUUUUUAUAUUGACCUGUUUUUUUACCUAUCGAUGUAUGACGUUGUGAAAACUAAUAUCUUAUAACCGCUACGAUAUUCUUAGAAUAUUAUAGGAAUAUUAUUCAAAAUUAAAGCGAUAUUAAAAUAAUAUUCCGAGAAUAUUAUUUGAUACUUUUAAUAUUAUUUCAAUAUUAUGGGAAUAUUGUAUUAAAGUUAUAUGUCCGUUUUUAUACAAUAUUUGUAGUAUAUUAUUUCAAUAGCCGUGGAAUGUUAUGAAAAUAUUCUACGAAUAUUGUUUUGGUAAAAAAUUAAUGUGAAUUGUUAUGCAUAAAGUAUUUAUAAAUUUUAUAAUUGUUACAUUUAAAAGUGAUAAUAUUCCCGAUAAUUUAAAAUAUUGAAGUAAAUAAUAUUAUUUAUUUUUCAUAUAAUAUUCAUAUAAUAUUAUCAAGAGUAGACAUAUAACUUUCUAUUAAUAUUAAUUAAUAUUUCAAAAAUAUUAUUUAAUAUUAAAUAAUAUUGUAGCGCUUGUAGGAUAGUUAUGGUGCAACUUUUUCUUCGAUCUGCGUAUGUAAUAGUAUUUAGUCGCAAAUUGUCUUUUUUCACAUGCUUUUAUUCACUAAUUUCUCUUCGAUUAUAUAUUUGCAUCUUGUUGAUCUCGUAGUCAAAUUUUAAGUUGUUUAAGUAGAAGCGAUAUAUCGACCAGUCGUUCGUGAAGAAAGAGUUAAACCAUCUGUACCAUAGGCUGCUCCAUUAGAAAAUCGACGAAGGCUUUAUUUUCAACGAGAGUACACGAAGGGCCCUACGAACCUAAAUUCCGCUCAGCUAGUCGAUACAAAAAAACGUACAGCGAGGAAACACGUGUAUCGAUGUAUGUACAUGUAUAUGUACAUACAUUAUUACGAAUUCUUAAUGUAAGAUUAAAUCUAUGUACAUAUAUAUAAAUACAUGAAUUAUUCAUAUGUUAAAUAUCGAAUCAAAAUGCGAGAGAGAUGAUAAUAGGAAGAAUCAUAAAUAACGAUUAAAAGAAUUGACGUAGGUAUCAGGUUCACUUUUGAUCGUCGAGAAAAAUGUAAAAUUGUCAGGUGUGUGCGUCACGUACAAAGUGUUACGUGGACGUAAGUGAUGAUUUCUAUGCUUGCCUGUACAUUUAUAAAAGAUUGUCUUCGACAAUAGGCUUUCUGGAUACACGUGGAACGGAUUUCGACGCCAAAUUCAUUUAUUGUACUAGUCUAUUCACGAUUGAUUAAUUACGACGCAGUUCUAUGAUUCGCCGUGAUUACGAAAAUUAUUUAACGUAAAAAAUUUUAAUAUAAUUUUAUUGCAACGAACGACUCUUCAACCACACUUUUUGCACGAUUUAAUUAUUUAUUUAUACGAGUUAUUAAUUUUACUCUUUAUAAUAUAGCGUAUAUUUGAAUUUAUUAUUUUUUAAAGCCAUGUUUAUGUUAUAUAUGUACUUUAAAAUAUUAUCUAAGAAUAUUUCAUAUAGAUUCAAAAAUUGACUUCUACAAAAACAAACGAGGAAGUCAGCUUGUAAAUGUAUUAUAGAAAAUAAUCGAAUUAUAGGAAAAUUAAUAAUUGAUUCCUACAUUUUCAAACAUUAACAUAGUGAUUGAUAAUAUGCGAUAAACACGAAUAUUCAAAGCUAGAAUUUCCAAAGAUGUUAAAACGUGAUAUUAAAAAGUGAUACAUUUUACUAUUUUAUCAUCGUAAUAUUCUUCAUUAUUCUUUUACUUUUGCGUAAACAAAAUUUUUGGCUAAAUUAAUUCUCGGCGUCUUUCAGCUAGAGAUUUUAAAUUAAUUGCCAUUUGAAAGAAGAAGAAUUGAUGUUACUAAUCUUUAUUAUAGAAAACGCUACACGUUGCUACUUUCACGUGAUAAAUUCAGAUUCGACAAAUUGUCUACCGAUAAUAACUAAAAUUAGAUUUGUAAGUAUAUAGCUAUUACAGGAUGCUUUGACACUUAGACUAUUAAUAUAAUAUUGUGUAUGAAUAUCGAAAUUAUAUUAAAUUGCAAUAUUCCUUCAGCUGUAUAUCUCACCAAAAAAGAGAACAGAUCUAUAUUAUAUAAUAGAAAUACUGUACCCCCCAUAGAUAUUAUUGUAUGCUAGGCUUAAAUAAAUAACAUUACAAGAAGCA